AUGACAGAUCGAUUCAACAACGGCGGCUACACCGGACCACCCGUACCGUUAUGCGGCCUUUUAUAUCCGUCUCCUCAUCCUUCCUCCUCUGCUUCUCCGUUUCUUCCAACCUAUCCUCUUAAUUUAAGCCAAGGAGUGUUUGAUCCGAUGAUCUCUCACGGCUCUUACCUCCUAUCACCAUCUGAUCGCUCGAAUAACUCUUCUUACGGUGGUCCUUCUCUACCUCAAACGACGCCUUCUUCAUCGUUUUACGUUAACAACAGCCGACCUGGAAGCUUCGAUCAUAGAGGUAGUGAAGAUUCAUAUACAAACAUGUUACCAACGAGUGGAUUAUACACUUCAAGGGAAACAUAUGAUGUGGCAUUUCCCACUGAUUAUCCUGUGGACAGCUCAGCUACAGUGUCUUCUUCAGCAGACAUGUUAAUCAGAAACUCUGAGAAACGUUUCUUUAAACGUCCUAUCCCCUCGCCUUCUUCUGGUCUUUAUGGCAGUGGUUUAGAUGAGAAACGCCUCAGACAAUACCAUGAUGGCUGUGAUAGAUUUGAGAUUGUAGAUACCGUCUUUGAUAAAAGUCAGACUAGUCAUGAUGCCUCUGAUAAUAAUAUUCAGAGUCAGACUAGUCAUGAUGCGUCUGAUAAUAAUAUUCAGUCGAGCUUUCACGGUUCUUCUUCUGUUGAGCCUGUUAAUUUCAACGUGUUGCUUGGUUAUGGGGAAGUUACUGGUCAUGCCAAUCCGGAUCGUUCAAGUAGUCCCAGAGCUUCCCACACGCUACAAUUUGAUAGUAGCAAGUGCUCGGGCUCACCGUUGAAGGAGAAACAAGAAGGUAGUGGAGUCUCCUCUCUUUAUCACACUCCGAAAACUUUUGUUACUGACAGUGAGAAUGGUGGUGUUUCUGAAACGUCCUUGAAGAAUGUGAUUGAUGAUUUAAAUUGUGAUGAGCAUAUAUCGUGGAAACACUUCAUGGUAGGGCCUUCAGCUCCUACUAUGUUUGAUAUGGGAAGUGAGUCAUGUGUUGCAAUGAAAGCGGAUAACAGUGAUGAUAAUCAACCUAGUGAAGAUGUUGAAGCCAGUGAAAAGACUGAUUUGGGUAUCAAAGGGAAUAGUAAAUCGAAUGCUGAUGAUGUCUCAACUGGCCAACCACCCGAAAGGCAAGGAGAUCUCCGGUCCCUGGAUUCUUGUCCGAGAGUCUCUUCUGUGGUUAAUGCCAUGCAUAAUCUGUCAGAGGUGCUUGUUUAUGAAUGCUUCGACAAUGGGAACUGGCUGAAUCCGGAGAAACUUGAGAGCCUUGAUAAAGUAGUAGAGAAUAUCACCAAGUGCUUAAAGAAAAUCACUGGUAACAAGACAGUUACAGUGGAAGCUUCAAUUCCAACUCCAACUCAAGCUGUGCAUGUUUCCUGUCCAAACGUGGGUGACCUUAAUGAGGCCUCAAAUGUAGUUGCUAAAGAGUGUGAAGGGUUUAAUGUCAAGCCAUUGGGUAACUCUGGCUUGAAAGAGCCGGUGGAUAAGAAUAUGUAUGAGGAUGAGAUGACACAGAGUAUUAAGAACAUACUAGCUACCAACUUUCCUGAUGGUGAAGAAAACCACCCACAAACUCUCUUGUACAAGAGUCUCUGGCUCGAAACUGAAGCUGCCUUAUGUUCCAAAACUUGCAUGACUCGGUACCAUCGCAUCAAGAAGGAGAUUGAUAAUCUGAAAUUGCAGAAUAGAGAGAUUUCUGCUGAUGCAUCAACUUUUAUGCAAGAGCCUUUUCUUAACUCCCAAAAACCGGUUUCCGUUAUGAACAGUGUAGAGCAGGAAACGAGUGAUUCAUUCAUCAGACACGGAAGCAAUAGUGGGAACGAUAUAUUAAAAACGAGUCAUGACGCACCACAAAGCUCUAGAUUCAACUCUGAUUCCGUGGAUUCAGUACUACUAGGCCUUAUGUCCAGAAGCUUUACGGGUGGUUUAGGACAGGAAGAUCACGGAAACUUCAAGCCUGAUGCUGCAACCUCUGGAAAGAUACCGGACACAACACGCAAGGAAAAACAUAAUGAUGUGAUAGACCGGUUUCAGAUUCUGAAGCAGCAGGAAACAAAGCGCAAACUCAAGUCUCAGAACUGCGACCAGGAGGAGAAUCCAGAAGCUUCUGAGGUUGCUAAUAUUGGCAGAAGCAGCCAAAUGAGUGAUGUCAUGGAUAGAUUCAAGAUACUAAAACGCCGGGAAGCUGAGAAAGUUCAGGAAUCCCUCAACAGCUUGGACUCAGAUUCAGAUUCUGAGCCAAGAAACAAGACACAAAUUUGUGAGCAUCUCUGGUCAGACUCGAUGGUGACAAUAGGUGGAAAUUCUGUGACAGAGACGUGUGCCGCCAAUACUGAAGAACCAUCUGCAUCCGGCGAAGGCUGCGAGAGCCCGACUUCGGAUUGGGAACAUGUCGGCAAGGAUAAUUGAGUCCUUUAACUUCCUUGGACAAGAAGUUUCGAUCGUUUUUAUGGUUUGUCUAUAAAAGAGCAAAAGCUAUGUGGAACUACACUAAUCGAAACUUUUGCGUGUCCUUA